AUGGAUAAGCCCACUACGUCGAUUUCAUCAUCGUCCGCAGUGGCUGUUGCAGAUGGAGCAAGUGCUGCAGUGAGCAGCAAAGUUACAGCAACAUCUGCCGCAACAACUACCACAGUCAAUAGCAAUGUGACAAGUGUUAAACUUAUAAUUAAGGCCUCAAAUCAACUACACGAUGAUCAAGUUGUUGAGAGUGAUUUACUUUGGACUGUACAACGUCUUAAGAUGCAAUUGUCUUUGGUUUACCCAAGCCAGCCGCCUGUAGCAGAACAGAAGCUUAUUUACUCAGGACAACUUCUAAAUGAUAAGCUCUUACUGAAAGACGUUAUACGCAGUUAUAAGGAUGUUUAUACACAAAACCACAUAUUUCAUUUAGUUCACACGCCUGCUUCAAUGCGAUCACCACCACCUCUAGCUGCAAAAUCAAUACGAAAUAAAACUAUGACUUCCAAUGUAGAUAUAAACACAGCUUCGACUAAUAUGGGCUCAGCCGCAACAGAUGGUUUACGGCAUAGAUAUAUAUAUUCAGCUACGCAACCACAAUAUAUUUUGCAGCCAAACCCACAGCAUAGUCAGCAAGACCAACAAAGCCAAAACCAACAGACACAGCAACAGCAAUCAGUGCAUCAAUCGCAGCCAUGGGCAGGAUACUAUGCAAAUGCACCACAAUUUAAUCCGCACAUAAUGCCAGUAUUAGCUGCUCAUGCACAAGCCCCUCUUCCACAGAGUUGCCCCCCAUUUGAUACAAACAAUCCAAUGAAUCAGUGGACUAUGCAAGCAAUAGCCACACAACAAGCUGCUAUGUACAAUUGGAUUCAGCAUGUGUAUUCACAAUAUAUGGAUCGUUGUAUACAAGUCUCAAAUGCAUCGCAGAAUAAUACAACUGAUCCUACUAUACCAAUAAAUCAUGCCUUUCAGGCACCAUAUGGAUACUCCAAUUUUGGCUUACCUCUGAUACCAAAUCCUAGUGCACAUCAGCCGCAAAACCAAAUGCAGCAAAGCGCUGAAAAUAUUGUUGGAAGUGAACCAAAUGUUGAACCAGUAGAUGUACAAGCACAGGAACGGCCUGAGGCAGUACUACAAAGACCACGUUUUCCUAACAUUGCACAAGAGGAACAGGAAAAUCGAGACUGGUUGGAUAGGUUCUAUUCAAUAACACGCUUAGCUUUGUUCCUGAUCAUUUUGUUUUAUAACUCAUCGCCAUUGCGUUGUUUAGCUGUAGUUUUUAUUGCUGGCGGAAUUUAUCUUAAUCAUAUUGGUGUGUUUCGUUUUCGACCAGAACGCAAUAACAAUAAUAUAAAUCGCAACAAUAACGAUCAAAUACGCCAAGGUGUCGAGGAAGUACAGCAGGCUCAAGCACAAGCUCCUCAAGAGAUACAAAAUGAGAGUGCAUCAAAUACUGAUCCCGCCGAAGAAAGUUUAGCAAAUCGUAGUGAAGAUGUUGAGAGUAAUGCAACAGAAGAACUUGCUGUUAAUGCUGAAGACACCGAUGAAGAGCAACAACAACAUGAUUCUUCUGGUGAUACUCCUGGUGACGAUGCAGAACCAAAUGCAGCAGCUCUACCAAAUGUUGGCGUUCUAAUAUUUGUACGUAUAUUUGUGCUAACAUUUUUUGCGUCAUUGCUUCCAGAUAUGCCAGCAUUGUAA